AUGCCAGAUAGACUGGAUGUACUGACUGGCUCCUGUGUGCAAAUCCCAUGUUCAUUUGAUAUUCCUGACCAACAUAAGGAUACAUUUAACAGAGCAAUACUAACCUCUGGAGUGUGGAUUAAAGAAAACUCAAACUUUGGUGGGAGUCCGGACAGCGUGAUAUUUAACAGCAGUAAGACGGUCAACAGAUAUCAAGGGAAGAUAACUGGAAACAUGUUCCAGAAGAACUGUACCACAGUCUUCUUCAAUGUAACCACCAAUUACAUGAAUAUAUACUUCUUCAGGAUUGAGAGUCAACCAUUCCGUGCAACAGACUAUGAUAAGUCUGUUUAUAUAGAUGUCAGGGAUUUGCCUUCCAGUCCCAUCCUUUCUGUCUCAGGUGAAGUGAAGGAAGGGACCCCUGUCAGUUUGAACUGCUCUGCUGUCACUCCCUGUCCCGAACUCCCCCCUGAGCUGACAUGGACUCUCCCAACACAGUUCACAACUGAGAACCAACUGCAGGAGAAUCCAAACCAAACCAAAUCAGUUCUCUCCACGGUGACCUUCACUCCAUCAUACCUUCAUCAUGAGAAGAACAUCACUUGUACUGCAGUCUACCCAGUAGGGACAAGCACCAAGAAAGCUGAACAUAACAUGAUGCUUAACGUUUCAUUCUCUCCUAAGGACACCUCGGCCUCCAUCAGUCCAGCUGAUCCAGUAUUAGUGGGCAGCUGUGUUAUUCUGACCUGCAGCAGCACAGCCAACCCUCCUGUGACAAACUUCACCUGGUUCCAAAUCAGUGAGGGUAAAACAACACAGGUAGCAUCUGGACAGAGUUACACCCUCAAUGUGACUGUUGGUGAUGGAGGACUGUACUACUGUGGAGGAAGAAAUAGUCACGGCUGUGGGAAGUCGAAGUGCAGCUGGCUAUAA